AUGGAUGAACGAUCUGGGAUCUACCGUGCCUUCAGUGCCUGGAAUAGUUGUACAAUAACAUUUGUAAAUCAUGGAAAAGAGACACAGUCACUCCUUUCCUAUUGGACCGGUUCUCUCUCUCUGGCUAAUUGCCAAAACUCUUGUAAAGUGGACAUAUUAUGCAGCGGGAUUGGAUUUGAUACGUCCUCAUCAGCAUGCUCAAAAAGUGGGAGAUCUCAAGGCAAAAACGCCAGGGGAUGUAUUACCUGUUUUUUCUACCACAAGCAAUGUGGAACAGAUUGCACUCUGAAAUACACCGACGAUUCUGUCGAUGUAACUACCGAUCCUUUCUACACAAAUCUGACCGUAUCCAGCUUUGAUCAUUGUUUGGAUUCUUGCACCUCUGACUAUAAGUGCCUGGGUGUUGGCUAUGAUUCUGGACAGUGUCUUUUAUCGGAAAAAAAUAUCCGAGUGACUAGUACUGUGCCAUGUAACACGUGCAGAUUCUCCGGUAAAUUCUGUAAUAGCAGCGGAUCUAUUGUAGUCAAUCGGACAACAAUGCCUCCAACGAUAUCAAAUGAUGUCACAAGCCAAAAAAUCAAUGCGUCGCCAAAUGAUGUCAGGUCCAAAAUUAGCUUAAAGACAACAAACGACGUUAAAACCAAAAAUAACAAUACGACAUUAAAUGAUGAUACUACCCAAGAUAUCAAAAUGUCCUUAAAAGAUAUUACAACCCAAGAUAGCAAUACGUCAGAAAAUAGUGUCCAGGCCCAUAAAAGCAACGCGUCAUCAAAUUAUGUCACAAUCCAAAUUUUCAAUAUGUCAUCAAAUGAUGCGAUGACCAAUAGCAAUUCGUUAGAAAUUGAGGUUACAACCCGAAAUGGUAAUACGUCAUUAAACGAUUACAUCACUUUAAAGAGAAAUACAUCAGCAAAUGACGGCACAACACAAUAUAGCAAAAUGUCUUCUAAGGAUGUUAGUACACAAGAUAGCAAUACGUCACUAAAUAAUGUCGAAACCAAGAGUACCAUAGUGUCUCUAAAUGAUGUCACAACUCAAAAUGACAAUACGUCACCAAAUUAUGUUACAACUUCAAGUAGCAUUACGUCACCGAAUGGUAUAACAACCCGAUACAGCAAUUCGUCACUGAAAAAUGCUAUAACUCAAAAUAGGAAUACUUCACCAAGUGAUGUCACAACCACAGAUUGGAAAACUUCCUCGAAAUAUGUCACAACCGUUUUUGGCUACACUUCGUCAAAAGAAGUCCCGACCAAUGAUAGCAACACGUCACCGAUAGAUUUUACGACUCAAGAGCGCAAAUUGGCAUCUAAUACUGGCUCAACUAAAGAUAUCAAUACUUCACAAAUUCAUAAUACAAUUCAAGGUACUGAAAAUUCAUCAAACGAUUUAACAACUCUUAAUACUUACCCAUCGCUAACUGACGUUACAGUUCAAAAUGGACACACCUCAACCAUGCAUAUGGUUCAAACAACUCAGGACAAGUCCCCGCACGCAUCUACGACUCCCUAUGUUGACACGUCGCCGAAUGUACGUGUUCAUAACUUAACAACUUUCCAACUAUCAUCCACAACAGCCAUUAACGUCAGAGAAAGUGUGACGACCUCGAAUGAACCUGUGAGUUCAGUUUCAUACUAUGUGCAUUCCACCUUAAAGUCUGUUGUAGAAAACUACUCUACUGUGUGCACCUGUUAUUGUUACGCAGACGCUAACAAAUCAACUCUGGUGGACUGGACUACAAAUAUGAGGCGGAAUCUGUCGAUCUCAAAAGGUGCAUUGUCGUCGCAAACACGAAAACUUAAGUCCGCCUCAGAUCCACGUUUUUCCUCUUACGUAAUCGGGAUGUCAGGGGUAUUGAUUUUAGUUAGUUUAGGAGUUUCCUUUCUUUUAUUGGAUAUCUCCAAGAUUCUUGUAGAUAUUUUCAACCGGUGCCAACCUAAGAGCUCUCGUUCUAAAGCAUCAUUGGUCUAA